UUAACAUAAGCUGGUAUCCUAGCAAGGCAGUGAGGAGUGAGGCAUCAUGGGAAACACAAGCGACAGGGUGUCUGGAGAACGCCACGGAGCCAAAGCCCAUCGCUCGGACAGCAGCGGCAGUCACAAAGACCAAGAACCCAGCAGCAAGAUGGUGGACAGCACAGAUGACCCCAACAUCUUCAACACCCAUGGGCCAGAGUCCAAGGUGUUGGAAGAGAAAGAAUCCGAUCUGGUGGAGCAGAUGAAAGCUGGUCCUCAGUCUCGACCCACGGUCAUCCGCUGGGCCGGAGGGGGAAAGGAGGUCUACAUAGCCGGUUCCUUUAAUAACUGGAGCACGAAGAUACCACUAAAUAAGAGCCAUAAUGACUUUGUAGCGAUCCUGGACCUGCCAGAAGGAGAACACCAGUACAAGUUCUUUGUAGAUGGACAGUGGGUCCAUGACCCCUCAGAGACGGUUGUAACCAGUCAGCUCGGCACCAUCAACAACCUGAUCCAGGUGAAGAAGUCUGACUUUGAGGUGUUUGACGCCCUGAACGUGGACUCUCUGGAGUGCUCAGACACAUCAGACCUGUCCAGCUCCCCUCCAGGUCCAUACGGGCAGGAGCAGUACAGCUUCAGACCUGAGGAGCAUUUCAAAGCCCCACCCAUCCUCCCUCCGCACCUCCUCCAAGUCAUUCUCAACAAGGACACCAACAUAUCCUGUGACCCUGCCCUGCUGCCUGAGCCCAACCACGUCAUGCUAAACCACCUUUACGCCCUCUCGAUUAAGGACGGAGUAAUGGUGCUGAGCGCGACUCACAGAUACAAGAAGAAAUACGUCACCUCUCUGCUUUACAAGCCGAUCUAAACCGCAACUUGGGCGCUUCACGCCGCGUUUAGAGAACGGCAUGUCUGCAUUCUGCUGUUCGUUUUAUUUAUUUAUUCUCAGUAUCAUCACAUUUAGCCAAAACUUGCACUGGAUAAGAAGCCAGUGGCUGUGACUUUGGCUUUGGAAAAAGGUUGCACUCCUCUCUACAUAGGGCUCGGAACAAAUAGCGACGUGUGUGUAGGAAGGUAGGCU